AUCGCGGGGCAAAGGCGCGGGACGCGCUGGGCUGCGGCCUAUGGAACAGGGGAUGGUUUGCGAGGCGACACUGGCUUUAGCAUUGAAGCAGCAGCGAGUGUGGGAAGUCCUCACGCGUGUGUACUAGAAGCCGCUUCAGAGCGCCCCUCCCAGCAGCCCCAGCGGACCCUGGACGGGAAUUGGGAAAAGACCCUGGGACCACUCCCGGGGCUGAGGGAGGAAGUCUGCACGAACCCUGUCCUUAAAAGGCUGGCAAGGAAGAGGAUCCGCUCGCCCAGCCCUGCGGCGGCCACCGGGCCUCUGCCCACGCCAUCGCGGCGGGUCCCGGCGUCCGAGCAUCCGUGUCCAUUUUCCAGAAUUGUAAAGCCACACCAGCCUCUAGGAGGUUCCAGCUCAACACUGCAGGGACACAUCAAAAUUCCAAAGUCUUGAAAGCCAGAUUGUGAUCUGAGGAGGAUUAUAUAACUGAAGCCUAUAAGCAGAGGUUCCAGUAAUUUCUUCACCAAAAAGGAGUAUUCCCAAUCAAGUAGGCAUCAUCAUGCCACAGCAGUUCCUGAUCUCCCUGCCCACUGAGGUCAACACCUGGGUGAAAUUGCACCAUCCAAAGAAGGCCAAGGAGGAGGCGUCCCUGUGGGAGGAUGUGACUAAAUUGUUUGAAGGAGAAGCUCUGCUCUCUCAGAAUGUUGAUGACAACCAGGGAGAAAGAUUAGUGACUAAAGUGAGUCCUGAAUUCCUAGCAACAGAAUCACAGGAACUGUUGACCUUCAAGGACAUAUCUGUAGACUUCACUCAGGAAGAAUGGGGACAACUGGUCCCUACUUACCGAAAUCUAUACCGAGAGGUGAUGCUAGAGAACUACAGGAACCUGGUGUCUGUAGCAGGAUAUCAGCUUUCCAAGCCCAGUAUAAUUUCCCAGUUGGAGAAAGGAGAAGAGCCAUGGAUGAGAGUGAAUGAAGGCCCAGGAGAUCCCAUUUUAGACUUGAAGAAUAAAACAGAAACCAGUGAGUCAACUGCAAAGAAUGACAUUUCCCAAGAACAGCUGUAUCAUGACAUGGUGGGAAGACUCAUAAGGGAUGACAUUAUUUAUUCCACACUGAACAAAGUCUCCAGAUAUGAUGCCUUAGAAAGACACCAGGAAACCUGUGGACAGAGACAGGUUAUUUUGAACCGCAAAAAGAUAGGCCAAGUAGCUAAAAAAUGUAGGGGAAAUAUUGUGAGUUCAAAAGUGACUUUAGAACAGAAGCACCAUAAAUUUAGCCCACCUAGAAAGAGGAACAAAUGCAAAAUAAAUUUAAUUAAUCAUCCAAUAAGUUGCCUGAGAACAAAAAUCUAUGAAUGUAAUAUAUGUGAAAAAAUGUUCAAACAACCCAUUCAUCUGACUGAGCACAUGAGAAUUCAUACUGGUGAGAAACCUUUCAGAUGUAAGGAAUGUGGAAGAGCCUUUAGUCAAAGUGCAUCUCUUAAUACACACCAGCGAAUUCACACUGGUGAGAAACCCUUUGAAUGUGAGGAAUGUGGCAAAGCCUUUCGACACCGCUCAUCACUCAAUCAGCAUCACAGAACUCACACUGGGGAGAAACCUUUUGCCUGUGACAAAUGUCAGAAAGCGUUCAGCCAGAACAUUAGCUUGAUCCAACAUUUAAGGACUCAUUCUGGAGAGAAGCCCUAUACGUGCAAUGAAUGUGGGAAAACUUUCCGGCAGAUUCGACACCUUAGCGAACAUGUAAGAAUUCACACUGGGGAGAAGCCCUAUGCGUGCAAUGCAUGCUGUAAAACCUUUAGUCACAGAGCUUAUCUAACGCACCAUCAGAGAAUCCACACUGGAGAAAGACCCUACAAAUGUAAAGAAUGUGGGAAAGCCUUUAGGCAGAGAAUACACCUUAGCAACCAUAAAACCGUUCAUACAGGAGUGAAAGCAUAUGAAUGCAACCGCUGUGGAAAAGCCUACAGGCAUGAUUCAUCCUUUAAAAAGCAUCAGAGGCACCAUUCUGGAGAAAAACCUUAUGAAUGCAAUGAAUGUGGAAAAUCCUUCAGCUAUAAUUCAUCACUAAGUCGACACCAAAAAAUACACAGGAGGAAUGCCCUCAGAAAUAAUCUUUAAAAAAAAAAAACUGACAUGGGAACAAAAGCCAAGUCUUUUUUUGUU